AUGAGCGCCGCCUUACAUCAAAACCCUCAACAAACAUCUGAGGCCGAGCAACUCAAUGUGCUCGAGCCUCAGGCUCUUUCUUCCAAGGCUCCUUCCGACUUUGGUGGCAAAGAAAAUGUCGAAAACCGAGACCCUGAACCGCAAAAGGGUUCUAAAGAAGAAACAGCGGAGGAGCUACCAAAAGAACUUACCGAUGAAGAGAAGCAACAGCUUGCCGACGAAGAAGAGCGCGUGAAAGCCAUGAGGCGCAUGGCACAAAUCGUUGACAAGGGACUUGAUAAAGUCAAGCCUCUCCUGGACAUGAUCGACCAAACUAUCGACGAAGCUGAGAAGGAAAAAGAGAACGGCGAGCUGGACGAAGACGCUUUUGUCAGCAAGAUGAAGCCGCUCAUUGAGAAUGCCCAUGCAGUUAUGCAAUCUACCUUGGAUCAAAUCAAGGCCCUUGACCCUGAUCACAAGUUCGAGCGUCUUGCUAAACGUCAUGUUGAAGAUGCUGAAGGCUCUGCCGACGAGCAGAUGGUCAUCGAGGGAUGCAACGAGCUGAGCACUCGUGUUCAAGCUACGAUUGAAAAGGGUCGCAAGGCAAUCGAGGGGAUGCCAAAAGCCAAGAUCGAGCUCGGUCCUCUCUUCAGUAUGCUCUCAGAGCCACUCCUCCAAAUUCUUGGAGCUGUCGGUUUGCUUGUUGCUGGCGUCCUGAACUUGCUUGCAAAUAUAUUGAGCGCGCUUGGCCUUGGAGGUGCUCUCAUCCAAGUCAUCCAAGGUUUACGUAUCGACAAGCUCCUCAACGCUAUGGGAUAUUCUAUUACUGCGAAGAAGAAAUAA